AUGUAUGUGAAAUGGGUUGAUACAGUAAUGUUAUACUAUGUGAUUUUAGUGUAUUUAGUGAAUGUCACUUUUUGUCAUUUUCAAAUUCCCCGCCGUUCCGUCCCCCGUACGUCCCGACGCUCGCAGGGGACGGAACCCAGAAGACAGAUGCCGGGGACACUGCAGGGGGGACAUCGCAGGAGCGCAGGACAAGGUAAGUGAAGAACAGACCCCGGAGCAGCACCGCAUGGUAAGCCUGAGUGUAGCUCGGGGGUUACCACUUUUGCUACACUCGGGAAUACCGCCAGGGGGGUUA